UACCUCGCCAUAUCCCACGUCGUCGACAACACCUCCGUCAUAUGGGUCGCCAACCGGGCCACCCCCCUCACCGACUCCUCCGGCCGCGUCUCCAUCUCCGCCGACGGCAACCUCGUCCUCUCCGACGGCCUCAACCGCACCCUCUGGUCCACCAACGCCACCUUCCCCCCCUCCGCCGCCGUCGCCACCACCGCUGAGAUUCUCGACUCCGGCAACCUCGUCCUCCGGUUAAACUCCACCGGAUCUAUAAUCUGGGACAGCUUCACCCACCCCACAAGCUUCCUCGUCCCCACCAUGAACCUCACCGACGACGUCAUCACCGGCCGGCGGGUACGAACCUCCUCCUGGCGAAACCCUUCAGAUCCGGCCGUCGGAGACUUCACCGCCGGCCUCCAGGCCCGCAACAUCCCCCAGAUCUUCACCUGGAGAAACGGCAUCCCGUUCUACCGUAGCGGGCCCUGGAACGGGCUCAUCCUCAUCGGCGUCCAGGACAUGUACUCGCCGUACCUCGACGGAUUCCAGGUCGGAAAUGAUUCAGGUAAUUACUACUUCAAUGUCCCUCCCGGCCAGCUUUUAAUGAAAAUCGACGUGAACUCGACCGGAAGCUUGGUCCAAACCCUCUGGACCGAACAGACUCGGAGCUGGGAUAUCGUGUGGGUGGCCCCACAGAACCCCUGUGAUCUCUACGCGACUUGUGGGCCUUUCGGGCUUUGUGACCCGCUUCGUUCGCCCAUAUGUUCUUGUUUGCAGGGGUUCGAGCCCGCAAAUCAGGCCGAGUGGGCCAACGGGAAUUGGACGAGUGGUUGCACGAGACGGGCCGGGCUCGGGUGUGGCCCAGAUAGAUUCUUGAGGAUGCCGAAUAUGAAAGUGCCUGAUUUUGCAGAACGGGUUCCGGGUCGGGUCGAAGAGGAUUGCCGGGUCGGGUGCUUAGGGAACUGUUCGUGUUUGGGGUACUCACACGACACGAAUAUUGGGUGUAUGUUUUGGCGGGAAACUUUAGUCGACAUUCAACAGUUUAAUGGGGUUGGCGCGGUUAUGUACGUCCGUCUCGCUGCAUCGGAGUUUGAUGAAAGCCAUGGAAGGAGAUUGGUUAUAAUCAUUCCACUUGUGGUCGGCGGAGUUGCUUUGAUAUUGAUAAUCGUCUUGCUCGGUUGGUGGUGGAUGGCCAAGAAGAAGGGUAAAAAGGGAAAGGGAAUAAUAAUAAAAGACCAAAAGACAGUGGAAACAUUUCAACCCGACUCGACUGCUAUCGUGCUGAAAGACGAGUCGGAGCAACUUGCGAAUGGGAAGGAAAUUGCCGUGAAGAGGCUUUCGGCAGCUUCAGGGCAAGGUAUGCAAGAAUUCAGGAAUGAAGCAGUUGUGAUUUCCAAAGUCCAACACAGGAAUCUCGUCAAGUUGGUCGGAUGUUGUGUCGAACGAGAAGAGAAAAUGCUCGUGUACGAGUACAUGCCCAAUAAAAGCUUGGACUUCUGUCUCUUUGAUUCCACGCAUCCAUCGCAAAAGAUUCUCGAUUGGGAAAAGCGGUUUAGUAUCAUCGAAGGUAUCGGGAGAGGGCUCUUGUAUCUUCACAGAGACUCGAGACUGAAAAUCAUUCAUCGUGACCUAAAACCGAGCAAUGUGUUGCUCGAUGAAGAAUGGAACCCGAAGAUUUCUGAUUUCGGGAUGGCGAGGAUAUUCGGAGGCAACCAAGAUCAAGCUAGCACGGCAAGAGUUGUCGGGACUUAUGGAUACAUGGCGCCAGAAUACGCAAUGGAGGGCCGGUUUUCCGAGAAAUCGGAUGUUUACAGUUUCGGAGCAUGGAAAUUAUGGAAUGAGGACAAUGGCAUGGCUUUCGCGGAUCAUUCGGUGGCUAAUCCGGAUUUCCAGUCGGAUAUUGUGAGGUGCAUUCAUAUCGCGCUUUUGUGUGUUCAAGAAUUUCCUAAAGACAGGCCAACCGUUCAGACCGUUUUGUCUAUGCUGAGUCGUGAGAUAGUUGACUUGCCGUUGCCCGAGCAGCCCGUUUUUGCCGAGAGGUGGGACCGUUCUCACGCGGGGUCAACUCACCCGACCUUUGGCUGCAACCCAAACGACGUGAGCCCAUGCAGGUGUUUGCAGGGUUUCAGCCCGAAUAACGGCCCGGAAUGGGCCUCAGGCAACUGGUCCAGCGGGUGCGUGAGAAGAGUCCCUUUGGGCUGCGAGUCAUUAGCCAACGGGAGUAGGCCCGAUGGCUUCUUGAAGCUGGAGAUGAUGAAAAUGUCGGGCUACUCGAGCAGAUGGACAGGCCCGAGAAGCGAGUGCAGGGCCCGAUGCCUAGCGAACUGUUCGUGUGUGGCGUAUACUUAUGCGGGCCUCGGUUGUCUGUUCUGGAGCGGGUCGUUGAUGGAUACUCAGAAGUUUCCGGAUGAGUCGGGUUCGGAUCUUUAUGUUCGUGUCGCGAAUUCUGAACUAGAUUUUAAGAAAGACUCGACGAAGAUUAUAGUGAGUUCGGUUGUAGUUGGCUUUGUUGUCAUGUCCGUUUGUGUCGGUAUUUCAUGGAAAUGUCUGGCGAACAAACGAGGCAGAAAAAGAAUGAGAGACCUUGAAAAUACAGACAUAUUAAGCAAAUUUAAUCUUGAGGAGUUGCCGCUGUUCGAAUUCGAGGUACUUUCACGCGCGACCAACGAAUUUUCGGAUGCUAACAAGCUCGGGAAGGGUGGUUUUGGCCCGGUUUACAAGGGAGUAUUGUCGAAUGGAAGAGAAAUCGCGGUCAAGAGGCUUUCAAAGGCAUCCGGUCAAGGGAUGGAAGAGUUCAUGAACGAAGUUUUGUUGAUUUCUAAACUGCAGCACAAGAAUCUCGUUCGGCUGCUCGGGUGUAGCAUCGAAAAUAAGGAAAAAAUGUUGAUAUACGAAUACAUGCCGAAUAAAAGCUUGGAUGUUAUACUCUUCGACACAUCCCAAGAGGUCCUAGAUUGGGGAAAACGUUUCAACAUCAUACACGGUAUUUGUCGAGGCCUACUUUAUCUUCACCGCGAUUCGAGACUCAAGAUUAUUCAUAGAGAUCUCAAGCCAAGCAACAUACUUCUAGACAAUAAUUGGAACCCAAAAAUCUCCGAUUUCGGCAUGGCGAGAAUUCUUGGAGGGAAGCAAGAUCACGUCAACACAAUACGAGUCGUGGGAACAUACGGUUACAUGGCUCCGGAGUACGCUAUCGAAGGAAGGUUUUCAGAAAAAUCGGAUGUUUUCAGCUUCGGUGUUUUGAUGUUGGAGAUUGCUAGCGGGAGAAAGAACACGAGCUUUUACAGCCAUGAAGUAUCUUCCAACCUUUUGGGCCAUGUGUGGAAAAUGUGGAAAGAAGGAAAUGUUGGUGAUGUCAUCGACCGGAGAAUAUCGAGUCACCGGGUGGAUAUUGUGAGGUGCAUACACAUAGGAUUAUUGUGUGUUCAAGAACUGCCUCAAGAUAGACCGUCUAUUUCAUUUGUGCUCUCGAUGCUUAGGAGUGAGAUUAUAGAUUUGCCCGAGCCUAAACAAUCAGCAUUUGUUUUGAACUCGACUCGUUCUAGCACGGGCACAAGUUCUACUCAACAGAGCCAAAAGAGUAGUUCAAUAUCCUUAAACAAUGUAACUCUUACAAUGGUCGAUGGCCGUUGAUAAGCACAAAUUCGAGUAUAAUGAACAUAUUUUGUGAGAUUUUUUCUCUGUUUUACUAUUGGAAUUUUCGACCGAAUUCGAUUUUUCCACAGCAAACAAUCAGUCUUUUUUCCAGGUAAAAUUUACAGAUAUUCAUUUUUAAACAAAUCAACAUGAAAAUAUAUAAUCAGAAGAAAGAGGUACAAACACAUGACCUGCAUUAGUUUCAAUCAGAUCCAAUUGCUCCUUAAGCAGAUGCAUAUAAACAAUCCAAUCUCCAUUCCCUUUCGGGCCCGGCAUUGGCAUCACAUAGCCCGAUUUUCCUCCCCAGGGGAAAUGGUAAGACCCGAACGCCGGCGGGCCCCACCCGAAAUCCACCUUACUCACCGGAAAAUGCUGCCCGGAGGACACCACCACCGCCGGCUCCUCCGCCGUGGCCGGUGCCGCGUAGAUUCUCGACAGGCCCGGUUCGGGCCUGUGCUCCUCCACCCAAUCGAUUAGCCCCAGAAAAUGCUCCUUGCUCAGGGCCGCCUGCAGGAACGCGUGGACCUCGUCGGCCACCCAAUUUAGGGAUUUUCGCCUCAGAUCCCUAAUUCGCUUUUCCCCAAACGGGAUCGAGAGGACGUUCCCGAAAUAGGAGGCGAUAUCGGGGGCGGCCAAUCUGCUACGGCCGUCGACCACGACGCCCAGCCGGCAGAAACCGUCGUCGCUGCAGGAGGAUUCGCCGGAGACGAUUGUUUUCCAGACGAAGGCGCAGAAGGCCUCCAGCUUGGUCCGACUUCUGUUGGCUAGGGAUUGGAGCUCGUUGAUUCGAUCGGAGCUGAUGUAGUAUAUGCGGCUGAGUGCCGAUUGUGCGUCGUCGUUUAGGGGUUUAUUUUCCGGCGGCGGAGGAAGGGCGGAGAUCGGGAUGUACAUGUGGUCGACGGAGAGGUGGUAGCGGCCGGGGCGGCGGGGGAGGAGAAGGGAGCGGCGGAAGGACGGCGGCUGGGAGAGUGGCUCCGAGCGCGCCAUCUCAGCCCAGGAGAUGAGGAACAUGUUGGUCGAGUGGGCGUCGGCGACCUGGUGGGCGAAGGUGCACGCCACCACAAGUCCGCCGCGGUUCAGAUGGGUGACCUGAACGGCGAGAACCCCGCGCCUCCUCACCGGCACCAGCUUGCCAUCGACGCUCUCAUCCGGCCGGUGGAAAUCGAUCUCCUCCAGUGCCACGUCAGCUCGUGCCUCCGAGAAAUCCACGCCGCCGUUGUUGCACAGCAGCUCCGGCUCGCCGGCGCCGUUCUUCACCAGCUCCCCUCCGAAGGCGUAGUACGAGACGAGUGCCUGCGCGAGUGCCUUCUUCAGGACACCGGCGGCGGCCGCGGCGCCGCCGUAGCAGAAGAAAAUCCCGACGUCGACCGGCGGCAGAAGCAAGUCGAGGUUGGAGAGCGGCAGCCAGUGGUCCUGCAUCGGUAGGGCCGCCGCCACAACCUCGGUUUUCGUCACCUUCACCUCGAAAUUUCUCUUCACGUACAUUUUCU